AUGAAUUAUAAUCCUUUUUAUUAUGGUUCUGGUAUUCUUGCUGGAAAUAAAGAAGUAACUAUUUCAAAACCAAAUACAUUUGUAAAACUUCUUCCAUUAGUAGAUUAUUUUUUUGUUACUUGUCCUGAAUUUGGAGCAAAAGAAGGUUUUGAAAAGGAACGUAUUUUAUUUUUCUAUCCAACUGGAGAAGAUAUAAAAAAACAAAUUGAUGUAACAGGAUACAGUGAUGCUGUUUAUAACUUUACUGAUAAUUUUCUUUCAAAAUCUAAAUUGUUAGAAAAAAAUGAGUUUGAACAUCGAUAUAUAACAACAGACAAGUAUGCACAAAUUAUGAUUCGUGUAGAAAAUGGUCGUUUUACUAUUGGAUUAUCAUUAAAAAAGAAAGAAUGCAAAGAAUCCGAUUACAUGAUUCAUUUAAAAACAAUAAAAAUUCAACUGGAUACUUAG